CCGGGCCGCACCGACCGACGGCUGCUCGGGGAGCUGGCGGGGCCGCACCUCGGACAGCGCCGAGGCGCCCGUGCUCCGCAGAGCCCGGCGGCACCGACGGCCGCGGGAGGCCCUCGCCGUGACCGCCACCGCGCUCCCCACGACACCGGGGCCCGAGGGCACCAUGACCCUGCUCAAGCUGUCCCUCAUGGCCUUCAGCUUCGUCUUCUGGGCAGCGGGGCUGACCAUGCUCAUCAUCGGCCUCUGGGCCAAGGUGUCUCUGGGCAGUUACUUGGCGCUGUCGGCCAGCGGCUACCCCAGCGCCCCCACCAUCCUCUUGGCCACUGGCAUCGCUGUCAUCAUCUGGGGCUUCCUGGGAUGCUUCGGCGCCGCUACGGAGCACCGGGGACUCCUGCGCGCCUACAGCGCCUUCCUGGCGGCCGUGCUGGCGGCCGGGCUGGCGGCCGGGCUCUCGGCGCUGCUGUACCGCCAGACCCUGGCGCAGGGCUUCCAGGAGGGGCUGCGCCGGGCGCUGCUGGCCUACGGGGAGGACGACGGCGUUGCGGACGCCCUGGACGCGCUGCAGCGCGCCUUGUCCUGCUGCGGCGUGGAGAGCUACCGCGACUGGCUGCGCUCGCCGUGGGCGCUGGAACAGAACGGCUCGGUGCCCCUCAGCUGCUGCCGGGCCCGCCGCGGCUGCCAGCGCCGCCCGCCCGACGCGCGCUGGCUGCACCGCGACGGCUGCUUCGGCAGGGUGUCCGCCUUCGUCGGCAGCAACCUGUACUGUGUCGCCACCGCUGCCCUGGGGCUGGCACUGCUGCAGCUCGUCGGCAUCGUGCUGGCCUGCCUGCUGGCUGCCCGCGUCCCUGCCCACCUGCUGGGCAUCGCCACCCCUCGCUGAGUCCCCCCACUCCUGCCCCUAGUCCCCUCCUGCCCUCUUCUUUCCCUCAUAACUGAGUACAUCCCACUGGGAAUAUCCUUUCUUCAGAUUCAGCAUUUCCACUUGAGCAUCGUCCUCCAGGCUCCAUUCCUCUGGAGCCUGUGUUAGGUGUGCUAUGAGCAUCUCAAGUCCUUCAGGGGGGAAGGUGCUGGGAAGGUGCGUGCUGGCCUGGCCAUGUGUCCUGCAGGGCAGCAGGUCCCCGCUGGAGCCUCUGGACAACUUCUGCAGGGAGUGGUGGCAGCAUGGACAGACAUCACUCUCUGAGGCAGCAGGGACAUCUGAGGCAAAGCUGGCCGGUUUUCCAGGUGAUUGUAAACAGCAAGGCACCUAAACGUGGACCAGGAAAGAGUAGAGGGUCUGGGAGAGCAAGAGAGGUGUCUCUUGACAUUACACUAUGUGAGUAUUCUUCUGAGACUGGAAAAUGAUGUUAUUGGAAAGCUGCUGGAGUUCUCGAGGGGCAGGCCUGGUCCAGGGGACAGCCAUGCCAGCAGCUGGCACUGGGAGCUGCUUGAGGGACUGUCCAGCACAGUGCAUCCCAUUGCCGCAGAUACCCUCCUUCCUUCGGUGUGAGUGAAUUCAAGCUGUCCAGCUGCUACGGGUGCUUUUCUCGCUGAUGCUUUUCCAAUGCCGAUUUCCGUCUAAAGGUGGAGCUGCAGCUCUAAGCGUUACUCCCUCCAGAAUAUGCCUGUCCUCGUAGCCAGUGUGUGGCUGGUUAUAGAUAUCUUUGCAGGGCUGAAAAGACCUAAAACCUUGGUCCCUGUCAUAGAGGACGAUGGCAAAGGCUGUACAAUCAGAUCUGAUGAGGGAUGGCAAGAGGAGGCAAGGGUUCACUGCCCUUCAGAAGUUUGCUUUGGACUUUUACUGUUAACAUCAGGAUGAAUGGAUCAGGCUGACUGUUUUAUAGAAGGGUUUCUAGAAAACAGCCCUCAGACUGUAACAUUUUUCCUCUCUCAAAGGAUCUGUCUCUGAAGUGUGCCCCCGCCUACAUUUUUGAAGCCAGACCUGUAUACAACCUGAGUGUAAAUGGAGAAUCCCCAAGACUUGCUGUGUAGCCCUGGGUGUAUUCAGCACAAAAACAUGCCCACCUUAACCAGCAAACAGGGGAGGAAUGAUUUCAGAAAAGGAUCAAAGAACCACAAAGGACGCCCAGAACAUGGCAUCUCUUAGGAAUGUGGCUUGCAAAGCUGUGGAGGAUGAUCAAAUGAGUAAAGAAGAUGACUGGUAGCUUCAUGGGAGGAGUGGAGCAACUUUGGGGUAAAAGCAUUUUUUCAUGUAUUAGGCAGCUGUUUAGCUAUGAUAAUCAUGUUCCAGGGUAACAGUGUAGUGUGAACAGUCUUUGCAGUCAUUUGGGUAUUCAUCUGCAUGGGUGGACCCUGGAAAAGUGUUAGGAAUCUCUACAGGCAAAACUGUGCUUUAAUUUUGAGGGCUGAUGUUUAUUACUUUACAAAAUGUAAUUUUAAUUUUUGCUUGUAAAUGUCUGUGUAUAUUUUUUGAAUUAUGCAAUAGUGGAAUUCCUGUUAUUUUCUGGAAGUCAAGAUGAUGUUGUACAAUUUUAACAAUGGGCAAAAAGUAUAGUUCAUAUGGUAAAUGUUACUUGAGAAAUAAAGUUUAGCAGCUGCUGAGAGCAAAACAGGUCACUGUGUCAACUCAGAGUAUUUGCAUUGCUGAAUGUCUACACAAGGUGCAACUAAAUGCAAGUGA